AUGGCUUUUCAUGCUGUCACUGAUCAAUUUAAGAAAUGGAAACGGCAAAGCAGUAAUAAUAACCAUCAAAUACAUACAGCAGUAACAGAGCCCGAUGCUAUUGGCAAAAAGCCAUCCAAACAAAAAGUUUAUCCUCCUAGUUCAGACAGUUAUCUCAAUGGCAUUGGAGACUAUGUGUUCAUAAAGCCAAUCGGGCAAGGGAAGUUCAGUAAAGUUAUCCUCGCUAACCAUUACCUGACGAACGAAAAGGUAGCAAUCAAGGUGAUCGAUAAGAGGGUUCACGAUUACCGUAUCAUGUCAAGACUCGUCCGAGAGAUAACGUUGAUGGAAAUGCUGUAUCAUCCUAAUAUUGUUCGAUUAUACCAAACCUAUGAAACAAUGGAUACACUAUAUCUUGUAAUGGAAUAUAUUGAUGGGUAUAAUCUGGAUGAAUUCUUGCACCAAAAACAUGGUGUCUUGUCAGAGCAUGAGGCAAGAGAUAUUUUUAGGCAGAUGGUUUCUGCUAUGGAUUAUUGCCACUCCAAGGGCGUCGUGCACAGAGAUCUAAAAGCACCCAAUAUAUUGUUAACUCAUGACAUGAAGGUGAAAAUAGCAGAUUUCGGAUUGGGAAACAAGUUUGGAAGAAGGCGUUUAAAGACGAUAUGUGGCUCCAUGUUGUACUAUAGUCCAGAGAUCAUCAACGGUCAUGGAUACAUCGGGCCCGAAGUGGAUUGUUGGUGCUUGGGUGUCUCUCUGUACAGGAUGACAGUUGGCGAAGAACCAUUUUCUAAAUCAACAACUGUCGGUGAUCUUAGACGAGAUGUAACAGCAGGCAACUUCACUAUACCCAACAGUCUGAGUAAAGAAUUGCAACAGACCAUAUCUAAAUGCAUGUCCAUUGACAAGACUAAAAGAACGAGAAUUCAUUUAGCUCUAAAAGACGAC